AUGUCAGUCGUACAGCGCCUCACGGCGGCCUUCCGUACCAACCCCACCGAACGAGCACACCUGCUUACGUCGACUGCCGGCGGCUGCAUCCAGCAACCGCCCCUUUGCCUCGGCACCGGCGAGGAGGAAGGAGGGCUGCGCGCAACGGCCCUGCACGUAACGGAUGACGAGCUGCGCCACCUCAAAGACUUCACCACCAGCGAGCCGCUCGCCUCGCAAGAGGCUGCGUCAGCCUGCACCGCGGAGAACCUGUGCUCCAGCCGGGUGUGGCUCUAUGGCGACCGACAAACAUGGCAGGACUGGGGCAUCUCCCUCUGGUCCGAGUUUCUCGGCACCUUCCUCAUGGUCUUCGUCGGAUGCGGUAUCGGCGUGCGGGGAGCGACGAAGGAGGUGAACUCGAUGGCGUUCUUUCUGGUGAUCAUCUUCAUCGUGGAGGCCUUCGUGCCGUUCUCUGGAGCGCACUUCAAUCCAGUGGUGAGCCUGGUCAUGUUUUUGAGCGGGGUGACGUGCUUGAGUCUGCUGGUGCUGCACACCCUCGUGCAGUGCUUCGCUGCGACCGUGGCCUCCUACCUCAUGCUCCUCCUACUCCCCGAGACCGAGAAAAUGAACUGCGCCGUCACCACUGUACAGGAGGCCUGGCACAACCCCAUGGGUAUAUGGAAGGCCAUCUGCAUGGAAGCGAUCAUGACGGGCGUCCUCAUCUACGUCAUCCUUACCACCGGCCUUCACUCCAAAUCCAAGGAGCGCAAUGCCCUCUCCACCCUGGCCGUGGCCUGCACAGUGGCAACGCUGAUCCUGCUGGGCGGCGAUCUCACAGGCACGUCCAUGAACCCGGCACGAAGUCUGGGACCGGCCAUCGCGUGCGGCUACUGGCAGUACCAGUGGAUCUACUUUGUAGGCCCGCCUAUUGGCGCCGUGCUCGCGUGGGUCUCCUACACCCUCACCCACCACAAGAUCUGA